AUGCUACAAACUACCACCCAUCAGCACCAUGAAAAUACAUCAAUGAACACCACAUCGGAAUUCAACUCUCAUCGAUCUCUCUUCUACGCCAUUCAUUCACACAACACUUCUCUUCUUCGAGAAAUUUUAACUCAAACUUGUUCCUCUUCAUCCUUACAUCUGUCAAGAGAUGAAUCAAGAAGAGCACUGCCACUCCAUUGGGCCUGCUACUAUGGAUACAAUGACAUGAUUGAAUUAUUACUACAAACCUCUUCUUCCGAUUCUGAAAUCUUUCAACAAUUAAUGGCCACCACACAAGACGAUGCAUUACAAACUCCAUUCAUGUGGGCCAUUCAGGGAGGAAAUUUAAAAACUGUUCAAUUACUUGUACAUUUAUAUUCGAAAUAUAUUUAUGUGAAUACAACAAUCUUGAACACUACAAAAUCACAAAUUCGGAAUGAAUGGAGACGAGAUCAUGAUGUAUUAAAACAAUUAUUUAUCAAUCAUGUGCAACAGGAUUCCAAAUACAAUAUAUUAAUCAUGGCCAUUCAAGAUCAUCAUACAUGUCUCGUUCAAUAUUUAAUGCAUCAUUUAUUGUUACGAGAUGAAGAGCAACAGAACAAUGAAGACCAACAGUCAUCACUGUUAGACAUGACAGAAAUCAUUUUCAUGAUGGAUGACACGACCAUGAAACAUUUAUAUUCAAAUCCACAAUAUUUAGAUAAGGAAAAUCAUACGAUUUUACACUGGGCAUGCUAUCAAGGACAUUUAUCUCAUGUGAAAUUUAUCAUUCAAUUUUUGAAAUUUUAUUAUGUGAAUGGAUCCAAAAUGGAUGCAAACAAUGUUCAUCCAUGUAGGACUAUGGAAAAGGAUUUACAAUUUUAUGAACACAUGUUUCAAUUGUUGACAGCAAAAGACUCGUCUCAUCGAACAAUCUUUCAUUGGGUCGCUCGAAAAGGUUAUUUCAAUAUUAUGAAAUAUAUUUUACUAGAAUUACUCGAAACACAGAAAAUGAUCCAACAUUUUCAAGCUUUUUCAAAUCAACCUUCUCAAAUGACAGAGAUUGCCUCAGUGACAGAAGUUCUCAUGAAUGAGAAAGAUCACAUGAAUUCAACCGUCAUGGAUUAUUUACAUCAAUCACUUGUGGAUGAUCCCAACAAUGAAGAUCUUCAUUCUUAUUGGAAUCGAUUGAAAAUGAAAGAAACAGUUGAAGAAUUACUGCAUUUAUAUCAACAUGGGAGAGUAUACAACGAAUUGGAACAAACUACUCUUAAUCAUCCACAACAAUCAUUUGAAGAUGAAGCAGUAACGAAUCAUUAUUCUUCAGAACAAUCUCUCCUCAUGCAUUCCUCUAUGUCGUCACCAUUUGAAAAAUCAACUGCUCAUCUUUUUCACAAUCCCGAACGAUUACUCACUUCACAUGUCAAUUCAUUAUUGAGUCCAGUAGAGACUGGUUCGAGUUCAGAAUCGACCAAGAAUCUUUCAAUUCUAAAAUCACUCCUUUCAUCUCAAAAUAAUGAAUACAGCACUAGUUCAGUGAUGAGAAAAGCUAGAAAAAGAUUAUGGCUGACUUUUGGAAUAUUUCCUAUCAUAUUUGUGAUCCUUAAUGUGUUUUCUCCAAUAUGGAUCUUUUUAUUGAGCUUAAUUAUUGGAAUUGGUUAUUUAUUCAUGUCACAACCAAACAAUCUUAGGAGCUUGAUUUUCAACUCUCCGAUAAUCAACACACCGACCUCUUCAUUGUCAGGAAAUCAUCAGCAUCACUCAUCUCACACGAAAAAGGAUGUGUUUUAUAUUGGACUAUUUUUGGGAUCAACUUUAUUUUAUUGUUUAACAUGGUUAUUUUCUAUUUAUCCGAGAUUUGUGAAUCCAAAUCAAACAUGGAUAUCUCAAUUCCUAAUUCUUGUAUUAUUUUUAUCAUUUAUAAUCUAUGCCACUUAUUUGUGGUAUCAAUUAACAUUUAAGGCAAAUCCAGGUUAUUAUCAACCAUUACUGAUCAACAACAACAACAACAACACUAUGAAUUCGCAUAGUGCCAUAGAUUCUAUAUUUUUUAGAAGAGAUGGUUUCCAUGUACUAGAAUCAACAUCCAAUGACUCUUCAAAUAAUCAUGAAGAAGAAAAUAUUUCAUUACCUUCUCUGUCAGGUUCCAAUUUUUGUAAAGAAUUACUCAUUAGAAAACCAUUGAGAUCUAAAUAUGAUCGAAUGAGUGACCAAAUUAUUUGUCGAUUCGAUCAUUAUUGUGCCUAUACGUUAAAUUCGAUUGGAGAGAAGAAUCAUGUCAUGUUCAUGAAAUUUGUGACAUGUGUUUUGGUGGCAACAUUUAUUUAUUGCUAUUGUGGAUGGAGCGUGUUACUGACAUUUUCAUCACAUCCUGUGGGAACUGCUAAGGGAAACGUGGAGCAAGAGAAUGAUGGAAUGUUUUCAUGGAUUUCAACAUUUUUGAGAGAGAACAUUCACGUGUUGAUACCCACGUGCUAUUUUGCAUUAUUCUUGAUCUUCUCGUUCGUUUUGUGGACACAACAAGUAUUCUUAAUUUUAUUUAACAAUACGGCGUUUGAGAUGAUGAGACCUGACAAGCAUGUUUACAUAAUUCCAACGAAACAAUAUUUGAAGUAUUUAAUGGCCAAAGUGGAAAUUUACACAAAUAAUCCCAAUCUCAUCAUGGUUGCUAAAUUCUUUUUCAAAGCUUUUAACCCAAGAACCUAUCAGCUCAAUUUAUUUGAUCGAGGAAUUUUGGAAAAUAUUCGAGAAUUCAUUCAGUCGGAUCAAGACAACAACAUGCCUUCACGAUACGCCAGCAUAUUCCAACUUGAAUUGAAUCCGUUUGUGAGCGACUUUUGCCAAAAGCAUGAAAUUUCCAUUCCCUCCGCUAUGCGAGGCGAAAAUGUCUAG